GUCCGUCCAUUGCAACACGAACGAAUUGUGCGGCGGCACAUAGAUCAUGGACGAGGACUUUGACGAAGAGUUUGGCGAUGAUGUGCUGCCGACGUCGGUAAACCAUCAAGCUGCAUCAACAUACAAGGAAGGGGUGGUGACGACGGUGGAAUCUAAAGGUCCUCAGGAGGAAGGGGAGGAGGUGGAGGAAGAAGAGGAGGGCGAUGUCGUUCUGUAUGGCAACAUGAAGGAAUCGGCGGCGGCCAACAAUAAUCCAGCCGACGAGGACGACGAAGACGAACUCGAAGAGGAGGAUGAAGGCAUCGCCAUUGUACUCAAAGACUCGACGGCAUCGCCUUCCAAGCCGCAACUUCGCUUCACCCGCGGCGACAACCGAUAUGUCCGUGGGGACCACGUGAGCCCGCAACUUCAGCCUGCUUCUCGCGCCGGCAACGAGCAAUUCGACCCAUCGUUUGACGAACUGGCCCUUCUCGGCAUGGGCGGCCGCCGCACCGCAUUCGACGUCGACAUCGACGUGUUGGAAGACAAGCCGUGGCGCAAGCCUGGUGUCGACAUCUCCGACUACUUCAACUACGGCUUUGACGAGACCACUUGGAGGGAGUACUGCAUCAAGCAGCAGCAGAAUCGGCGCGAAUUGGCGUACAAGAAGGCACAGGACAAGGAGGCCGAAGAGAAGGAGAAGGCUAAGGCCGCCGCGGAGAUGGCCGCGUACAUGCCGCCUCCCAUGGGCAAGGGCGGCAGUCACCACCACCAUCAUCAUGGGCCUCCACCACACAUGUUCCGAGGCGGACCUCCUCCUGGCGGCGGACGCGACGGUGGAUGGGGCGGCCCGCCAUGGGCGAAUGACCCGUCGUCCGCUUCCUCACAUCGGCCGCUUAAGGACAAGGACUACUAUCCUCCAUCUUCGUCGCGAUCUGGGAAACAAGAGCACCAUUCUCGUCGGUCCCGGUCGCGAUCUCGAGGUGAAAUGAACGAUUUCACGUUUUGUGGUGGAUAUUAUAUAUAUGUUUUACACCAUGGCAUAUAUUUGGUGAAAUGAGAAUGUUUUUGAUAUAUAUAUAUUCCGAUAGACAAAGACGAGCGCAAGCCGUCGUCACGGUCAAGCCGUCCAUCCAGUCGGUCGAGAGAGCGAAAGGCCCCGCCGCGCGAACGCAGUCGGGAACGAGAAAGGGGCGACGGCGGCAGAAGUCGGGAACGAGAAAGGGGCGACAUCGGUCGAGAUCGAGAUCGCGGCAGCCGUCGAAGCCGCGAUCGAGACUCGCGCAGCCGCCGGCGGUAGAAUGCCUCGCGCAUGUUUACACCUCGGAAAUGCACCUAUCUCGAUGGACUACAGUACAUACUUAGUGCAAGAUGAUGGACGAACCCUACUAUAGUACUACUAGUGACGAGUAUGUACCCCGUUGAUACAUACUGUAGUAUUCGAUGUAGUACAUAGUAUUAGUAACGUUGAGCCAUCAAUAGUAUUACUACAGUAGUCGGCA